AUGACCCGCCAGGCUGUGCUCAAGAUGGUGGCAGUGUGGGUGUUGGCCUUCCUCCUCUACGGCCCCGCCAUCAUCUUCUGGGAGACAGUCGUCGGCCAGAGUGUCGUCCCGGCUCAUGAGUGCUACGCUGAGUUUUAUUUCACCUGGUACUUCCUGCUCUGCGCUUCUACCUUUGAGUUCUUCACCCCGUUUGUGUCAGUAGCUUUCUUCAACCUCAGCAUUUACCUAAACAUCCAUCGCAGGACCAAGAAUGGAGGCGCCUGCGCUGAGGAAGAAGUCAAGACGCAAAGGAUCACUAAGAAGCACAAAGACGGAACAGGUUGGUCUGUGUUUUUUGUGAAGACUCGGAAGGUGUCGUCCAGUGAGCCUACUGCUAUCUCUGCGGUCAUCGAGGAUGACGAUGUCCUUUCCCCUUCCUCCUGUGGUGGGGACCCUAAUAACAGUCAGAUAUUCAUGCAGCGGGAGAAGUUGUCUCCUAACAGAAAAAACUCCAGGCUGUUUCAGCACACGGCCUCCUGCAUGGCCCCUGGCCGUGGGACGCUGGGAUCUCGUCUGAGUCGGGACAAAAAGAUCGCCAAAUCUUUGGCCAUUAUUGUCUGCAUCUUUGGGAUUUGCUGGGCUCCUUACACUCUACUAAUGAUCAUUCGUGCCGCCUGUAGCGGUAAGUGUGUGGCGAACUACUGGUACGAGAUUACAUUUUGGCUUCUGUGGCUGAACUCUGCCAUCAACCCGUUCCUUUACCCCCUGUGCCACAGAAGCUUUCGAAGGGCUUUCUCAAAGAUACUGUGUCCGAAGAGACAAUCAGUCCAACCUCAGAUCGAGGCUCAGUCUUGUUAG